UCAAACCAAUUUGACGUUAUUCAAUGUUAGAUGAAAAAUUUUUAAAUUUCCUUUAAAAUUAGUUUUUGAACUCAAAAUUCUAAAACCAUGUUCAAUCCCAAAUUACAAGACAUUGGAUACUUUGUGCUGCUGACAUCCCUGCACUUGGGCUCGAAUCUUCAGCCUGUCAUGGAGGCGAAUGCCAAUUUAAAAUCGGUCUAUCCCUCCGUGGAUCGUAAUCUAACACUCCAAUUGGGCUAUAAAUAUAAUCACUGGAUGCUGGUCAAGGCCAUAAUGUAUUCCCUACUAACUAUGAUCGGAGUUUGGUACUGCCGGCACUUGCAAUUUAUCAAAACUGGGGUAUCGGUGGAAAGGAAAGGUAUCCUUAAAAUUAAGGCCACAGCUGCCGAGAAAGUCAAAAACAAUUGGAUCAGCAAACAAACGAAGGAGGGACCAUUUCCGGGGAAUGUACUCCUCUUAUUCUCAUUGCCCUGGAUAUUGACCUUUGUGGCCAGCGGAUUGAUCAACUAUAUUCGAUUUUAUAUGGUGAUUCAGCAUUUCUGCAUAUCAAACUGGAGGGCCAUACAACUGUACGGAGAACUGCAAUGGCUUUUUUGGCAUCGUUCUGCAUCAGUGGCUAUAAAACCCUAUUGGUCGCAAAUUUUCAACGGUGGAGUAUCCUUGGAGAAGGCGUCACAUCUUCCAGGAAAUUUUAUUUCCAUUGAAACGCAUCUAUUGGACUGAGCAUGAAAAUUCCUAUAUAAACUUUGUAUUUUAUGUUUGAAGCCCAAAUUAUAUAUGUAUAUAUAUGAAAUAAAUCGGUUUAAUUGAAUA